AUGGGUUGGUUCUGGGCAGACGCCGCUCCUGCGCCCGUCCAUGUUCCCAUGGGACAUCCUCACUUUGCCGCAUCUGCCGGCAUGGAACCUCCCUCCGCGUGCCCCAUGCACAAGAAGAGUCUCGAUGCCCUCACUCCCACGAACGAGGCCAAGUGCCAGAAGCCCGCCAAUGCCCCCGCCGCCUCGGGCUGCCCCGUUCCUCAUGAUGCCCGCACUAGCACUGAGACACCCAAGUCCAUAAUGUCCCAACUCAAUCCUCUCAACUACAUGUUCCCCGAUCUCUCCCAAAAGCCGGCGCCAAACCAAAAGUAUAAACUCCCGACAGACCGAGACGAGUCGACGAUCCCCAAGGGCUCGGGCGACGGGAACUGGGAGUACCCCUCACCCCAGCAGAUGUACAAUGCCCUGCUACGAAAGGGCCACACCGAUACCGACAUUACGGCUGUCGAGGGCAUGGUUUCUGUGCACAACUACCUCAACGAGGGUGCGUGGAUGGAAAUUCUCGAAUGGGAGAAGCGAUUCGGGCGUGGUCUAUACAAGGGCUGGCAGGUCUGCAAACGAGGCGAGGAGCAUGUGCCUGAAGAGCUAGAUCGCCACUGGGAUGGCACCGAGUCCGCUCCCACCCUGGAGCGAUUCCAGGGCCGUCCCAAGGAUAUGACUCCCAAGGCCACGAUGCUGCAGGUGCUCGGCUGGGUCUACCCCUCCAAGUUUGGCAUCGAGCCUCCUUUUGACCGACACGACUGGUAUGUGUCACGACAGAUCAAUGGCGAGAAGAAGGAAAUUCGAUAUGUCAUCGACUACUACCAGGGAGACGACGAGCCUGAGGGAGACCCCGUCUUCUACCUCGAUGUCCGACCAGCCAUGACCCCCCAGGGUGCAGCGGAAAGAAUCAUCCGGUGGGGAAGCGACGUGUGGUGGAAGGCGAGCGGAGGCGACAGGCGAGAGCAAGAUCCUUCGCCACUGUUCCGUGGCACCUCUUAA